AUGAAGGGUCCGUGUGAGACAGCCAUGGUCAAGUCCCUGCUACUGUUGGUGUUGGGGCUUGCCAUCCUGAGAGGUGUAGCAGCACGGAAGAACCCCAAAGCUCCUGUCCCUCAGAAGGCUGGGAAUUGCCCUCCCCUGGAGGAUAACAGUGUGAGAGUUGACAUCCGCAUCUUCAAUCAAAAUCAGGGCAUUUCUGUCUCACAUGACUUCCAGAAUCGCUCCAGCUCCCCAUGGGAUUACAACAUCACCCGAGACCCCCACCGGUUCCCCUCAGAGAUCGCCGAGGCCCAGUGCAGAUAUUCAGGCUGCAUCAAUGCCCAGGGGCAGGAAGACAGCUCCAUGAACUCCGUUGCCAUCCAUCAAGAAAUCCUGGUCCUCCGGCGGGAGCCCCAGGGCUGUUCCAAUUCCUUCAGGCUGGAGAAGAUGCGCGUCAAAGUUGGCUGCACCUGUGUCGCUCCCAUCGUGCACCGCGCAGCCUGA